GGAAAAAGCGUCGGAGCUUCACUGCUGCAGAAGAAGAAGCGCUCCGCGAGACGAACCGAGUGGGCGUUUUCUCCCCUUCUGCUGGCUCGAUCCCGCCCGCCUCUUGAUCUCGCUGUUGCGGUAUGGCUCGGAGUUUUACUGAGAGCAAGACCAGAACCGCUGUAUUUGUACUUUUGGUAUUUGGACUUUGUUCCUUCUUCUACCUCCUUGGUGUAUGGCAAAGAAGUGGCUUUGGGAGAGGGGACAACAUAGCAGCUGUGGUGAAUGAGCAGACCAAAUGUAUGAAACUGCCAAACCUGAAUUUCGAGAGCCACCAUAGUGCAUCGGAGCUUCCAAACGACACUUUCAGUUCUGAAGUUAAAACUUUUGAGCCAUGUGAUGCGGGGUACACUGAUUACACUCCUUGCGAGGAGCAAAAGCGUGCAAUGACCUUCCCUAGGGACCACAUGAUAUAUCGGGAGAGGCAUUGCCCACCUGAAAAGGAGAAGCUGCACUGUUUGAUUCCAGCACCGAAGGGUUAUGUUGCUCCUUUUCCAUGGCCAAAGAGCCGUGAUUAUGUUUCUUAUGCCAAUGUGCCACACAAGAGCCUUACGGUUGAAAAGGCCAUCCAAAAUUGGGUGCACUAUGAGGGCAAUGUCUUCAGGUUUCCUGGCGGCGGAACACAAUUUCCUCAGGGUGCAGACAAGUAUAUAGACCAACUUGCUUCUGUUAUCCCAAUUACGGAAGGGAAAGUGAGAACUGCACUCGACACUGGUUGUGGGGUUGCCAGUUUGGGUGCUUACCUGUUGAAGAAAAAUGUUUUGACGAUGUCAUUUGCACCGAAGGAUAAUCAUGAGUCACAAGUACAGUUUGCACUGGAAAGAGGUGUUCCUGCAUAUAUCGGUGUACUUGGAUCAAUGAAGCUCUCAUUUCCAUCUCGAGUCUUUGACAUGGCACAUUGCUCGAGAUGUUUAAUUCCAUGGAGCGAAAGUAAUGGUAUGUAUAUGAUGGAAGUUGAUAGGGUACUUAGGCCCGGUGGGUAUUGGGUACUAUCAGGCCCACCUAUUGGUUGGAAGAUGUUCUAUAAGGGAUGGAAACGGACAAAAGAUGAUCUUCGGAGUGAGCAGAGAAAAAUAGAACAAUUCGCAGAACUUCUUUGCUGGAAGAAGAUUUCUGAGAAGGAUGGUAUUGCCAUAUGGAGAAAGAGAUUAAAUGACAAGUCUUGCCCCAGGAAGCAAGAUAAUUCAGGAGUUGCCAAGUGUGAGUCGACAAGCGGCAAUGAUGUAUGGUAUAAGAAAAUGGAAGCCUGUAUAACCCCCCUUCCCGAGGUUAAAAGUGUUUCGGAGGUUGCUGGUGGUCAACUAGAGCCAUUUCCCCAAAGGCUCAAUACAGUACCACCUCGGAUAGCCCAUGGUUUUGUACCUGGGUUCUCAGCUCAGACAUAUGACGAGGACAAUAAACUCUGGCAGAAGCAUGUUAAUGCUUACAAGAAAACCAAUGGCUUGCUUGAUACUGGAAGGUACCGCAAUAUAAUGGACAUGAAUGCUGGUCUUGGUAGCUUUGCUGCUGUACUGGAGUCCCCAAAGCUGUGGGUCAUGAAUAUCGUUCCGACCAUUGCAGAUACUUCCACUUUAGGUGUAAUCUAUGAGCGAGGAUUAAUAGGAAUGUAUCACGACUGGUGUGAAGGGUUUUCUACUUACCCAAGGACAUAUGACCUCGUACAUGCUAAUGGUGUCUUCAGUUUGUACGAGAACAAGUGUAACUUUGAAGACAUUCUCUUGGAAAUGGACCGGAUCUUACGCCCAGAGGGCGCAGUUAUAAUCCGUGACAAGGUUGAUGUGAUUGUAAAGGUGGAGAAAAUAGCCAAGGCCAUGAGGUGGAACACAAUAUUGGCUGACCACGAGGGCGGCCCUCGUGUGCCCGAGAAGAUACUCUUUGCAGUCAAGCAAUACUGGGUUGCUGACAGCAAGAGUCGUUAACAUGUCCGUAUAAUUUUGUCCCUGUCAGCGUACAUUGCAAGGAAACAUUCUGAGUAUAGGUUCGGAGAUCGGCACAUCAGAGUUGAUUACUGAAGAACCAAAGCAAUCCUAAACGAGAGGAGUAAAUCAUGCUGUACCUGCCGGCAUUCUAUUUUUCUCCGAGAUCAUCGGUGUGCCUAGUGCAAAGGGCUCACCCCUCUUAGAAGGGAACGGAUGCUGCUGCUUGCUGUUUUAGGACCUUCUCGGCAGUCUAUUCGCAAGGCAUGAAAUAGGAGUGCUCGAGUCCAUUCUUGUUUCCAGCACAGGUGUCUAGAGAACCUUCGAUAUGGUUCCUUUGCCUUGGCCCCAGUUUUGUUUGUGUUGUAUUUUAGAUAUUCAUGAAUUGGAGAGUGCAUCUGAACAGGCAGUGCUGUUUGUACUUGAGCUGAAUUACAAAGUAAUUUUGAGUCUGGCCAUGAGUCGGAACAAGAUUACAGAGGAUUUUCCCU